GCCAUGAAAAUCACCAGGCCCACGAAUAUUCAGGCUGCAUGCAUCCCCGAGAUCCUCAAGGGUCGCGACUGCAUUGGAGGAGCCAAGACUGGUUCAGGUAAAACCAUAGCGUUUGGAGCACCUAUGCUGGCCAAAUGGUCGCAAGACCCGAGUGGAAUUUUUGGCGUGGUUCUCACACCGACGAGAGAGCUGGCUAUGCAAAUUGCAGACCAGUUUGCUGCCCUGGGAGCUACUGUUAAUUUAAAAGUGCGAUUAAUUAUUGGAGGAGAGUCCAUGACAGAUCAGGUUGCCAUGAUCAAGGAAAAUCCGCAUUUUAUCAUCGCCACUCCUGGACGGCUGGCGCACAUUAUCAUGGAGAACGAGGACGAAUGUCGCGGUUUGAAACGUGUGAAAUAUCUGGUUCUGGACGAGGCAGAUCGGCUGCUCACCGACUCGUUCACAGACCAUCUGCAGACGUGUUUCGAGGCGCUUCCAAACUCGAAUAAACGUCAGACGCUACUGUUCACCGCCACAGUGACAGAUUCGGUGCGUGCUCUGACGGACAGACCAGUUGCUCCAGGGAAACAGCCCGUGUUUCUGCACGAGCUGGACAAUGUCGACACCGUCAAGAUCCCAAGCACCCUUCGACUUCUGUAUGUUCUGGCACCCGUGGUGGUGAAGGAGAGCAUGCUGCAUAACAUACUGACCAACGAAGACUACAAAGAAAGCACGGCUAUUGUGUUUGUGAACCGUUCCGAAACAGCAGAGAUUCUGCGCCGUCUGCUCCGCCAUUUGGAGGUCACCACCACGUCGCUGCACUCCGAAAUGCCCCAAUCAGAAAGAACGAACUCGCUGCACAGGUUUCGCGCCGGCGCUGCGCGUGUGCUGGUGGCGACCGAUCUGGCUUCCAGAGGUCUGGAUAUCCCCAGUGUGGAGCUGGUUAUCAAUUUUGAUAUUCCUCGCGACCCGGACGACUACGUCCACCGAGUCGGAAGAACGGCGCGUGCGGGCCGCAAGGGUGACGCGAUCUCGAUGGUCACGCCCAAUGACCUGAGCCGGAUCCUGGCGAUCGAGGACCGUGUAGGGGUCAAGAUGGAGGAGCUGUCACUCAACGACAAUAAGGUGAUCAAGCAGAGUCUCAAGGCGGUGUCGAAGGCCAAGAUCGAGGCCCGCAUGGACAUGGAACGCGAAGGCUUUGGUGAAAGAAGAAAGCGCAGAAAGGAGCGGGAGGGGAAGACGAAGCGGCGGAAAUAGAGCGGAAAAUAAGUACUAUAAUAGAGUAAUUUC